GAGCCGCUGCCGGCUCCGAGCAGGGGAUCGGGAGCCCCGGCAGUGGCGGCGGGCAGGAGCGGGCGGCAGCAGGAGCGGGCGGCGGCCGCGCCGUCGGGGCGGGUAGCGCCAGCGCCGGGCGGGCGCAGCGAUGGGCCGGGCACGGGGCAGCUGCGGGCCGGCGCUGCGGGCGCUGCUGUCCCUGGCCGCCGGGCUGCUCCUGUGCAGCGCAGCCAGCGAGUACGACUACGUGAGCUACCAGUCCGACCUGGGCCCCUACCCCGGUGGGAGGUUUUACACCAAGCCGCACCAGUGCGUGGCCAUCCCCGCUGACCUGCGCCUCUGCCACAGCGUAGGCUACGACAAGAUGGUGCUGCCCAACCUGCUGGACCACGAGACCAUGGCCGAAGUGAAGCACCAGGCGAGCAGCUGGGUGCCGCUGCUCAACAAGAACUGCCACAUGGGCACCCAGGUCUUUCUCUGCUCCCUCUUCGCUCCCGUGUGCCUGGACCGGCCAGUCUACCCAUGCCGCUGGCUCUGUGAGGCCGUGCGUGACUCCUGUGAGCCUGUCAUGCAGUUCUUUGGCUUUUUCUGGCCAGAGAUGCUCAAAUGCGACCAGUUUCCCCAGGAUGAUGUCUGCAUUGCAAUGACGGCUCCGAAUGCCACCGAGGUCUCCAGGCCCAAAGGAACAAGCGUGUGUCCCCCCUGCGACAACGAGAUGAAGUCAGAGGCCAUCGUGGAGCACCUGUGUGCCAGCGAGUUUGCUCUUAAGAUGACCAUAAAGGAAGUGAAGAAGGAGAACGGGGAUAAAAUGAUUGUUCCAAGGAAGAGAAAGGCCCUGAAGCUGGGGCCCAUCAGGAAGAAAAACCUCAAGAAGCUCGUACUGUUCCUCAAGAACGGGGCUGACUGCCCUUGCCAUCAGCUGGACAACCUUGGCCACUACUUCCUCAUCAUGGGCCGCCAGGUGAAGACCCAGUACCUGCUGACGGCCAUCUACAAGUGGGAUAAGAAAAACAAAGAAUUCAAAAAGUUCAUGAAGAAGGUGAAGUCUCCUGAUUGCCCAACGUUUCCAUCCGUCUUCAAAUGAGGAGGCAGGCGGUGGGGUGCUGCUGGCCUGGACCUUGCACAGCGCUGGGCACGGCAGUUCAGGCCUCGCUCCUUUUGCACGGGGGCUGCCGGAGCCUGAAUCCCGUCUCUUUGACCCUCUGUACUUUUUAGUGCUUCCUUCGCAGAUCCCAGCCCUCCCACCUCCCCCAUACCAGCAUUUUCUGAAACGCCAGCAUAUGCAAGUGUGGCGAGUUUAUACUAGUCACCAGAGUCACAAGGGGUCUCAUCUGCAAUAUCCAAAGACCUGUAGCUGUAAGGAUAUGUAAAUUCAUUUAAAUAUCAACUAUCAGAUAAAGAGGGCAGGUGGAGGGGUGUGACGUUACCGCAAGAGAUUACGUGAUUGGAAAGGACCCCGUGACCUGUCUCACUCUCGUGUUCAUGGCUGCAGGAUUGCCCUAGAUUAAUUCCUGCUUGUACCAGAGCCAGUCUGUUAGAAAAGCAUCUGAUCCUGAUGAUAAAAGUUAAUUAAUGAGUUAUGGAGAAUCUAUUGCAACCUCUGGUAAGACCUCGCAAUAGCUAAUUGCUCUCACUGUAAAGAAAUCACUCUGUUUUUAGUCUGCAUUUGUUUAGCAUCAGCCUUGGCCGUGGGAUGCUCGUGCUCUCGCUCUGCCGAGUGGAGAGCCCCGCAGGGUCUCAUAGCCGUCGGGAGGACGCCCGUCCCCACUGACUGAGACGGACUGAGCUUCUGGAGCGUGGUGCGCGGUGCUGCCUGCGGGCAUCCCUGGACCCGCUCCCGGGCGGGCGCCUGGCUCCCAGCCGCGCGGAGGUGCGUGCCACGUGCUGGCGUGCCUGGGCCGUUGGCCGUGCGCUCCCCGGUUUGUGUCACUUGCUAACUUUACCAGUGAUGUUUUUAUAGUUUCUUCAGACUGCUGGCAAAAUAUCAGGUUGCAGAAGGCCAAGGACCGGUCCCUGUGGAGCGCCAUGGGAAACGCAUCGUCUCCGUGAUUCCCUCUUUACAGCCGCUUUGGGACCUAUCAGUUUCUAGUUUUCAUCCAUUUGAUGUGUGACAACUAGCUUUGUAUUAUUCUUUUUUUUUUCUUAAUCAAAAUGUCAUGUAAUGUGAGGUCAAAUAAUUUAUGAAAGACAAAGAAUACUGCCUCCAAAUGAUUACCUUUAUCGACCAAGCUGAAACUCAUUCUGUUAAUUGGACAAGCGCUCUUUUCCACAGACCCACAUUACUCCACAUUAAUUAUACUCUCCUGCUUCCAUUCAUGAUUCUCAUCAAUUGUGAUUAUUCUAGCAGAAUGAAUAUCAGGCAGUCUGACAUAAUCCUGCUGAAUUGGAGUUAAGUGAAAUAACAAAUCCCUAUUUUUGAGGUUUAAACUCUCUCUUCUCAAAGCUGGUAAAUUAAUUAUUUUGUAACUCGGGGUGGGGGGGGGAGGUUGGUUAUUCCCUACAUGGGGAUAGAGCUGCAGACUUUAUUGUAGACAAAUUCCACAAAGAACCCAAGCACUCUGAACAGUGUGUUUUAAAAUCACAGCGAAUCACAGAAUGGGUGACUUAGAGCGAUGCAUUUAGGAUGCAUAGAAAAUCCCAUGGGAUUGUCUUAGGCCACUGUUUGUACUAGUGUUGUUUCUUUGAUGGAAAAAUAUUCAUUGUAGGUAACGUACUUUAUCAGUUCAAAAAAAAAAAAAAAAAAAAAAAAAAAUC